UCUCUGCUUCGUCCUUCGAUCAAAACCUAAGUCGAACUAUUAAACCUCUCUAUCUCUAUCUCUUUCUGUCUCAUGAGGGGCUCAACGAUGAGAGCUCCGUUGCUGUGUUUGUUGAAUUGUUUUCUUUUUCUUAUAACGUACGUCUCCCAUGCAGCGGAGACAGGUCCGGAUGCAUGGCCGGAGACCGCCCGGUUCGACACCGGGGGUCUGAGCAGAGAGAGCUUCCCGAAGGGUUUCGUGUUCGGAACCGCAACGUCGGCGUACCAAGUAGAAGGAAUGGCGAGCAAGGAGGGUAGAGGCCCCAGCAUUUGGGACGUCUUCGUCAGAAUUCCCGGAAUUGUUGCAAAAAACGCUACGGGGGAGAUGUCGGUGGACCAAUAUCACCGCUACAAAGAAGAUGUGAAUCUCAUGGCAAACUUGAACUUUGAUGCAUAUCGGUUCUCGAUCUCAUGGUCCAGGAUUUUCCCAGAUGGAGCUGGAAAGGUAAAUUGGAAGGGAGUUGCUUAUUACAAUAGGUUGAUUGACUACCUGCUUGCAAAAGGUAUCACCCCAUAUGCUAACCUCUAUCACUAUGAUCUUCCCUUGGCACUUGAGAAGAAGUACAAUGGAUUACUAAGCCGUGAAGUUGUGAACGACUUUGCGAAUUUUGCCGAAUUUUGUUUCAAGACAUUUGGUGACAGAGUGAAGAAUUGGAUGACAUUUAAUGAGCCAAGAGUGGUUGCUGCUCUUGGUUAUGAUAAUGGGUUUUUUGCUCCUGGAAGGUGUUCCAAACCGUAUGGAAACUGUACAGCUGGGAAUUCUGGAACUGAGCCUUAUAUUGUGGCCCACAAUCUGAUUUUAUCUCAUGCAGCUGCAGUUCAGAGAUACCGUGAGAAGUACCAGGCACAUCAAAAAGGGAGGAUUGGAAUUCUCUUGGAUUUUGUUUGGUAUGAACCACUUACCAGAGGAAAGGCUGAUCAACAAGCAGCCCAGAGAGCAAGGGACUUUCAUGUUGGAUGGUUUCUUCAUCCUAUUGUGUAUGGUGAGUACCCAAAAACAGUGCAGAAUAUUGUUGGAAAGAGGCUUCCCAAAUUUACAGAUGAAGAGGUUAAAAUGGUCAAGGGGUCUAUAGAUUUUGUGGGUAUCAACCAAUAUACCACCUAUUACAUGUAUGAUCCACAUCAAACCAAGAAGCAACCUCCUGGCUACCAGAACGACUGGAAUGCAGGAUUUGCUUAUGCCAAAAAGGGGGUGCCAAUUGGUCCACGGGCAAACUCUUAUUGGCUUUAUGAGGUGCCAUGGGGUUUAUACAAGGCUCUGAUCUAUAUAAAAGAGCGUUAUGGGAACCCUACUGUGAUCUUAUCAGAAAAUGGCAUGGAUGAUCCUGGCAAUGUCACACUUCCCAAGGGGUUGCAUGACACUACAAGAAUCAAUUACUACAAGAGCUAUUUACUUGAACUCAAGAAAGCUGUAGAUGAAGGAGCCAAUGUGAUUGGCUACUUUGCAUGGUCACUGCUAGACAACUUUGAAUGGAGAUUGGGAUACACUUCAAGGUUUGGUAUAGUCUAUGUUGACUUCAAAACCCUCAAGAGGUACCCGAAGAUGUCUGCCUACUGGUUCAAGGAAUUACUUGGUAGAAAGAAGCACUAAGUGGCAUUGGCCAUCCUCUUUUUAAUCCUUCCCAGUGUUGCAGUGUAAUAGUGCUUCUGGUUUAGUAGAUAUCUGUAUCUCUUCUGUUUCUUUUGUCUUUUGUAUGGGUUGUCUUCAAUUGGCAUGCUAUAUACCUCAUGGAUGGUUGAGAUGCUGGAUAUCAAUGAAAAGCUAUGUUAACCUAUUUGGUUUCCUAUAAAA